GAGAAGGAAGGAGAGACGGGUUUGCUGGUUUGCUUGGCCGGGCACCAGGAGCGUGAGCCCUGCCCCCCUCCGCGGACUGAUUCCACUCGCUCCUCUCCCCCUCUCCGCCUGCCUGUCCCUCCGGGCUACUCGGGCGCCACCAUUACUGUCCCCAACCCGCCCCGCCAGCCGGGCCAAAGGGCGGCGUGACUCACGGCGCUGCCACCAGCCCACGGCUUGCCCACAGCGUAUAAAGGCUGCGGGGUUGAAAGGCGGCAGAGCCUUGCCCGACCCGGCCCGAGGCGCGCAGAGCAUGGCCGGAGGCGCGGAGCGAGGCCGCGGGGGCGCAGGCUGGGGGCUGCGCGGCGCCCUGGCCGCCGUGGCCCUGCUCUCGGCGCUCAAUGCUGCGGGCACGGUGUUCGCGCUGUGCCAGUGGCGCGGGCUGAGCGCGGCGCUGCGGGCGCUGGAGGCGCAGCGUGGCCGGGAGCAGCGCGAGGACAGCGAUCUGCGCGCCUUCCUGGCGGAGCUGAGUCACGCACCUCGCCGGGCGCCCGCGCCACCGCCAGACCCUGUGAGCGCCGCGCGCAACAAGCGCAGCCACGGCGGGGAGCCGGCGCAGCACAUCCGCGCCGAGAGCCACGACAUGCUGUUGAUGAUGACGUACUCCAUGGUGCCGAUCCGAGUGAUGGUGGACCUGUGCAACAGCACCAGGGGUAUCUGCCUGACAGGACCACCUGGCCCAGCAGGACCUCCAGGAAUUGGUGGGUUACCAGGACACAACGGAUCAGAUGGACAGCCUGGUCCCCAGGGCCCAAAAGGCGAAAAAGGAGCAAAUGGAAAAAGAGGAAAAAUGGGGCCACCUGGAGCCACAGGAACUCCAGGGGAAAAGGGAGACCCUGGUGAGCUGGGCUUGACUGGAAACGAGGGCCCAGCAGGGCAGAAGGGUGACAAAGGAGACAAAGGGGACGUGUCUAAUGAUGUGCUUCCUUCAGGUGCCAAAGGUGACCAAGGCCCACCCGGCCCACCUGGGCCCCCGGGCCCUCCGGGUCCCCCAGGGCCCCCCGGAAGCAGAAGAUCCAAAGGCCCUCGGCAGCCAAACAUGUUCAACGGCCAGUGCCCAGGUGAGACGUGUGCUGUACCAAAUGAUGAUACCUUGGUUGGAAAAGCUGAUGAGAAAGUCAGUGAACACCAUUCCCUGCAAGCAGAAUCCAUGAUCACGUCCAUUGGAAAUCCAACACAAGUUUUGAAAGUUAAAGAGACGUUUGGGACUUGGAUAAGAGAGUCUGCUAACAAGAGUGAUGAACGGAUCUGGGUGACUGAACAUUUUUCAGGCCUCAGGGUAAAGGAAUUCCAGGACCAGACCUCACUGCUGAACGGCAGUUACACGCUCAUCCACCUCCCUUACUAUUUCCAUGGCUGUGGGCACACCGUGCACAACAACUCUCUCUACUACCACAAAGGAGGCUCCAACACCAUAGUGAGAUUUGAAUUUGGCAAAGAGACAUCCCAAACUCUGAAGCUUGAAAAUGCCUUGUAUUUUGAUCGAAAAUACCUCUUUGCAAAUUCCAAGACGUACUUCAAUUUAGCUGUAGAUGAAAAGGGCCUUUGGAUUAUCUAUGCUUCCAGUGUGGAUGGCUCGAGCAUCCUUGUCGCACAGCUGAACGAGAGGACCUUCUCUGUGGUGCAGCACAUCAACACCACGUACCCCAAAUCCAAGGCUGGCAACGCCUUCAUUGCCCGAGGGAUCCUCUAUGUCACGGACACCAAAGAUAUGAGGAUAACAUUUGCCUUUGAUUUGUUAGGAGGGAAACAGAUAAAUGCAAACUUCGAUUUAAGAACGUCCGCAUCUGUUCUUGCCAUGUUAUCAUACAAUAUGAGAGACCAGAAUUUAUAUUCGUGGGAAGAUGGCCAUUUAAUGCUUUAUCCUGUACAGUUUUUGUCAGCUACAUUAAAACAGUGAUGGGGUGCAUUCUAUUCCCCUCAGUAAAUUUCAGCUGUUCUCUGGUACCAUUUAUAUCCCAAUAGAAAACUUGUCUUUAAGGGUGGUCAGGUACUUAGCUGUCAUAAUCACAUGACAUGGGUAUUUAUAUGGUUGGUGACCCCCUUUUAAUUCAGAUUCUGUAGGAGAAAAUAACAGAUUGGAACUCAAAAAUGGCUGAUAUUUGGUGAUUCCUUUACAAACUAGCUGGGCAAGUUACCUGUCCCUCUUUAGGUUUUGUUUUCCCCACUGGUAAUUUGAAAGGGCUGGCUAGGAUGAUUGGUAAGAUUUCCUCAAGUUGUAGGGAAUUCUGUGAUUCUUAGCUGUUGCCACUCUCACAACUUUUACAUAUUUGGUUUUGUUUUUUUGGUUUUUAGCCACAUGCUGAGCAAUUUUACCUCUGAGUUGAUCAGCCUGAUUGCUUGAGCAACAAAUUCCUUAGUGAUGACUUGGUGCCUUGGAAGCCGCACUGACCCCUUAAGGCUGCUGAGGUACCUUAUUACCCCUAAUUUAUUACCUUUCUCUGCAUCUGCACCUGCCACCAGAGCACCAGAGUGGCCAUUAUCCUCAGCUCCUGAUUACCACUCCAAGAUUAGCAAAAGCCAGGAACAGCUACCUGCUCGUGUUUCCUAAUGAAACAGAAACAGGCCCUUCCAGGUUCCUAUCAAUUUCUGAUCAUGCUGUUACGCAGGUUGGGUCAUAAACAUCGAAUCCUCAGGUCUUGCAGGGUUCUUCUGCCACAGAUGUGGAUCUGCUAUCAGAGUAAAUUCUGUGCUAGUGGGCAUUACUCUGGCGAGAACCUUGGGAAACACUUUGCAGUUUUCAGAAGAGAGGCACCAUUCGUGGUUAUUAUCUAGAAGAGGGAUGAGCAAACUAUGACCCUCGGGCCAAAGCCAGCCCAUCGUCUGUUUUUGUAAACAAAGUUUUAUUCCACACGGUCACAGGCAUUUGGUUAUGUAUUUUAGUAUAUGACUACUUUUCCUCUACACUGGCAGAGUUGAAUCACUGCAAGAAAGUUGAGUAACAGCCCCCAAAACCGAAAACAUUUACUCUCUGGCCCUUUACAGCAAAAGUUUGCCAACCCCUGAUCUAAAAUAUAAAGUGAGCCUGAUUCUUUAAAGGGCUUAUUCACCUGAGCCUGUUUGUUAUAUUUUGUUUUGUUCCAGAUGAAAAAGUGGUCAUUUAUAUGGCUUGAGUUUUUGGUAAAGAAGAAGGGUGAGAACAGCAUAAAAUUAAGUGGCCCUCCCAAAAAGUAGUUAAUGAACUGUUCUUACCCUAAUAUAGUUUUAAAGAAUAUGAUCUGGUUCGUUCGGAUGCAAGGAGAAAAUCCAAUUUAACCUGCUCCUAAAUGCCCUUAGAUACGCAUAUUUUCUGCCAAUUCAGUUCUUCAAACAUCUUUCAGCCCAGCACUGAGGUCCAGGCAGCGCCACUGAGAGUCGAAAGGAAUCUGGAAAGUUUCUGUGGUCCUGCAGCCAGGAAAGACACCUAGGGAAAUACUUAUGUAAACAUUUUUCAGCAACUUGCCCUCACUGAGUACAUGAAUGUGUUGGGGGGAGAGCUUCUGAAACUUUUUCACUGCAGCCAAAUCGAUUCUCAGUGGCCCUGAGCCCUAAGUUUUAUACCUUAUUAAUAGAAGCAUUUUAAAACUUAGGGGAUGUACAGAUUUAAAUAUUUAAAUCUCCCCACACCCUGAAUAAACCUAGGCAGCUAUUAGGGAAUUUAUUGUUGUUGUGUUCUCAAAAUAAUGGGUAUUUGAAACUUUUUCCCCCACUUUUUAAUUAGAUUGGUUGUGUCAUGUCAUCACAGCUUUUAAAAAAUACUCUCUUCAGAUUCAUGUUUU